GAAAAGUCAGCCGAACUUCUUACAGUCGAUCGCUUAACUAAGGCCAUUAAUCAUUUGGGCAUGUGAUAAAAGCAGGCCCCUUGACCACAACCACAUAAUACAUAACCUAUCAAAAAAAAAGAGAGACGAUUCGGAGUUUCUUAAGCAUCGCUUUGCCCAUGUUCUGAGCGCUCCAGUGGUGUCCAUGUCCGACUUAAGCCUGUCCCAACUAGUAUGGAUCUCCAUCAAACCGCUCAUCAAGGUUUUACUGCCGACCGCCGUGGGCGCCGCAAUGGUCAGGUAUCGAAAGCUCGAUCAAGAUGGCUUGAAGGCUGCUGCUCAUAUCCAGAUCUAUGGAGCUCUUCCGUGUUUAAUGUUUUCCAAUGUCGUUCCAUCGAUCACCGCCCAAAACUCACCUCGGAUCCUGGUUUGCGUUGGCUUUGGUCUUUUCUACAUGUUGAUGAGCUAUCUCCUCUCCAAGGCACUUUUGAUGGUGGUCCCUGUGCCGAACAACUUUCGAAACGGAUUCAUCGUGGCUGCGGUGUGGUCCAACUGGGGAAAUAUCCCAAUGAGUGUGAUACAAUCCCUGACAGGUGGACCACCGUUUGGGAAGCCUGAAGACGUCGAGAUGGGAGUUUCGUACGCGUCAUUUUUUGUAAUGGUUUACAAUGUUAUGAUGUUUGUGGGCCCGGGGACAAAAAUGAUCGAUCGAGAUUAUAUGAAAACUGAAGAAGCCGCCAUCACAACACCAUAUCUUCCAUAUGACCCCACGGUGAACCAAAACGAAAGACCUAGUAUUGAUGAGCAAACAGGUCAAAAUGGAGAGGCUAAUCGACCCAUGAGAGAAGCUUCUCCAGAGGCUGAGAUACGAGCCGACCAGCAAUUUUCGAGUCGGCAAAGUCGAGGUCAGAAAGGCGUUUUGUCGGGCUUAUUGAAUAAUCUGUCACCGGUCAUUGUGUCGCUAUUAUUCGGGACACUUGUAGCAGUGACGCCGCCGUUGAAAGGGUUGUUCACCAAGCUGAAAGACCAUGCGGUCCAAGAGCCUAGUGCACCAGAUGGAAAGCCACUCCUAUCGGUGAUUCUAGAUUCCACGGAAUAUCUAGGCGCCGCCGCGAUUCCGCUUGGACUACUGGUGACUGGUGCAAGCUUUGCCAACAUGUCAAUCCCCCGAAGGUCGUGGUUCCGAUUACCACUGAGGGCCAUAUUCGGAUUGACGCUCAUCAAACUGGUCUGUCUUCCGGCUCUUGGAAUCGUCGCGGUCUCCUUCAUCGAUGGAUACACAAACUUCUUCGCCGGCGAAGAGGGCAGGGUCUUGAAAUUGAUAUCUCUCUAUUACUCUUGCACUGUCACUUCAACAAAUCAAAUCUCACUAAGCUCGAUUGCUGCUGGCAUCUAUAUAAAGCCGGGAGAAAGUUCAGAUGAAGAAGUGGCUAGUAACGUUGAUUUACUUUGUUCUUUUGUCGCACUACAGUAUUUGAUUUACCCUUUUGUGGGCACAUUUUUCAUUGGCUUGAUCGUCAAAAUGGUUUCAUAGAUAAUUUAUCUCCUUUGGAUUAGUUAAUUCUACUACAUAAUGGGAUGUAUAGAAGUUGUCAUUUACAUAGAAGACUGUAUCAUCAUCAUCAUCAUUUUUUUUUAUUUAUCAGCUUGAGCGGAACAGUCUACAUCUUUGUUCCAUGUCGAGCACAAAAAACAUUCAGUUGAAUAGAUGGACAUACUCAUGCCCUUGAGCAUAUUGGAG